GGUGGCUCGGAUGGGACAGUCGCCAGGGAUGGCGGAACGUAAGGAUGGAGCGGGUGUCCGGACUGCUGUCUUGGACGCUGAGCAGAUUCCUGUGGCUCUCGGGCCUCUCUGAGCGGGGAGCUGCCCGGCAGCCCCGGAUCAUGGAAGAGAAAGCGCUAGAAGUUUAUGAUUUGAUUCGAACCAUCCGGGACCCAGAGAAGCCCAAUACUUUAGAAGAACUGGAAGUGGUAACGGAAAGUUGUGUGGAGGUUCAGGAGAUAAAUGAAGACGACUAUUUGGUUAUUAUAAGGUUCACGCCAACAGUACCUCAUUGCUCUUUGGCGACUCUUAUUGGGCUGUGCUUAAGAGUAAAACUUCAGCGGUGUUUACCGUUUAAACAUAAGUUGGAAAUCUACAUUUCUGAAGGAACCCACUCAACAGAGGAAGAUAUCAACAAGCAGAUAAACGACAAAGAGCGAGUGGCGGCUGCCAUGGAGAACCCCAACUUACGGGAGAUCGUGGAACAGUGUGUCCUGGAACCUGACUGAUAGCUGUUUUAGAGCCACUGAUGUAUAAUCAUUUGAUAUAUUUGUUUAAAGUCUUUGUAAAAUGUAAAAGAUUCAUGUUUAAUACAUAGGUGAUUUGUACCUCAAAACAUUUUUUUAAACAAUGAUUUCCAAGCAAGAUUUAAUUAUCAGGUAGUACCUAGUUUGUUCAAUGUCUAACAUUCUCAGGAUUUGUAACCCUUAAAUGAUCAGACAAAAAUAUUUUCUAGUUAUUGUGUGUAAGAUGAGUUGCUAUUUUUCUGAUGCCCAUUCUGAUGCUUUUCAUGUCAAAAUAUU